CUCACACCUUCACAGACCUUGAUGGUCUGAAUCUGAGCCAUCUGCCGGUGCUAGCGAUCGAGAGGGAGAGGGAUAUGGCUCAGCAUAACGCACCCGAAACAGACCUCUGGGCUGAGGCGAUUAGAGAACUCGAUGAAUCCGACAGAGCGCUGAUAUGGGGCCACGCCGCGAACAAGCUAAACGUCCUCGACGAUGUUCUUGAAAGCGCAAAGGAGAAGGAGAGACUGAGCAAGCAGAAGCGGUGGACAUACCGGAAGAGAGACGGGACGAAAGGAGAGCUACACGAUCUCUUCAACAGAGUCGUCGACAGGGUUGCGCAUUUCAAGAAACUCGGUGAUUCUAUCGCGGCGCUGGAUCCUACGCAUCUGGCUAUCCCGUGGGCGGCGGUCGGAUUGGGUCUUCAGGUAGGAUAUCGGUAUCUUCCUGGGUCGAUGGCUGAUAUGAGGGUGUGUAGAUUGCUGUCAAUUACUUUGAGCAUGACAGUCUUGCACAGGAAGGACUACAGGUGCUGGCAGUGCUCGUUCCCCGAUAUACCGUUUUUGAGAACCUCUAUCUGGGAGACGACUCUCAGAUCAGUAAAACGUUAAAGGGAGAACUGGUGCGAAUGUACUCUCGCGCUUUGACGUUUAUAGCAAAGCUGAAGACGUAUCAUGAGAAGGGCAUAGGGAGACGCCUCUUUGACAGUGUCUGGACGCCGGCCCAGCUGAAGGAGCUGAUUGACGAGGUUCGGUCGCAGCACACAGUUGUCGAUGACCUUGGACGUCUUGUCGAUGCUGAGCGUAUGGAUAGCACUUUAUAACUGUUCAAGGCUGACUGAAUGCAGGUCAACGAGAUACCGCGAGUAGAACUCAAACCCAGCUCGGAGAUGUCCAGAGUACACAGACAGC